AUGGCCCCCGAGCAGCUCGUCCGGCGCCAUCUCGCCGUGCGACGCCGCCUGCUCGCGGCGGAGACGGAAAGGGACGACCUCAGCGCCAACCUCCGCAGGCUCGCGGGCGUGCACGAGAAGCUCGAGGGCGAGCUCCGGGAGGCGGGCGGCGUCGGCGACGAAGACGCGAAAGACGCGCAGCGCGAGCUCGAUGACCACGCGCUCGCCACGAUCGACGUGGACAAGGAGUCGCUCAUCGAGCGCCACCUCCUCGCGAUAUCCAAGCUGACCGCGACGGAGGCUGAAUGCGCGUCCCUCGCGGCGACCGCGGAGGGCGUCGAGGAGAAGAAUUGCGAGCUGCGAGCCGAGAUACGCCGUAGGAAAUACGCGAGGCUCGGCGGCGAUUCCGCGCGCAUCGACGUCGGACGCGUCGCGCAGGAUACGGGCCACGACGACGACGACGACGCGCGCCUCCGGGUGGACGCGACGAGGAACGCGUCGCCGCCCGCGAGGCCUUCGUCGCCGCCGCUCAUCAUCCGAGCGGCGGAGGAGUCCGGGAUGCCGUUCACGCUCGCCGACGCGAUGGCGCCGUGCGACGAAGCGCGGGUCGUGGUGGACGAGGACGGCGGCACGGUGAUUCACGUCAACGCGGCGUGGGAGCAGUUGUGCGGGUACAGCGCCGAGGAGUGCGUGGGCGUCGACCUGAAGGAGCUCAUCGAGUGCCCCGACAGCGAAGAGGCGCUCUUCAAGGCGCUCGUCACCGCGGUGAAGCAGCAGGGAGCGUGCGCGGAGGCCAGGCUGACGGGGUACCGCAAGGACGGCAGCGAGUUCAUCGCGAGGUUACGAGUGAGCCCGCUGUACUGCGAACGGACGAACAAGCGGAGCUUCGUCGGGGUGAUGACGCUCUCGAGGUCGACGCACAAUUCCGACGACGACUUACCCGCAGCGGCGGAGAAGAACUCGAACUCGCCCCCGCCGAGGACCGCGUCGCUGUCGCCGCCGCUGCCGGUGAGGCAGGAGAACGGGAAGGUGUACGUGGGCGGCGACCCGAACUGCCUGGCCCCUCCGCUCAAGCGAAAGCUGUCACCGCCCACGCCGGAGAAUGAGGAAAUUGACGGCGUCGCCAAGACGCGUUCCAACGGUCACGCCGACGGCGUGACGAACGGGCUGGCGAUAAACGAACGCCUGACGAGGAGCACCCGGAAUCGGAGCGGAGGAACGAGAUGA